AAGAUUUAAAAUGCCCGUGUUGUAGAUAUUAAUGUAAAAUAAACAUGCUUUCCUUCGAUGCAGGUGAAAAACCGUUCAGAUGCAGUGUCUGUGGCAAGGGUUUUACCCAGAAACACACUCUUUUGGUUCAUCAGCGCAUGCAUACGGGAGAAAAGCCCUUCAUCUGCACUAUAUGCUCCAAAGCGCUGUCCACGAAACAUUCUCUGCUGGAGCACAUGAACCUGCACACAGAGAAAAAGUCAUUCGGUUGUGAACAGUGUGGCAAAAGCUUCAGUCAGAAGCGGCAGCUGAAAAGCCAUCACCGCAUUCACACAGGAAAAGCGCUGCCCGAGUGCGCGCACUGCCAUCAUAAGUUCAUGGAUGCAGCUCAGCUGAAGAAGCACCUGAGAACUCAUACCGGAGAGAAGCCGUUCACGUGUGAGAUCUGCGGGAAGUGCUUCACAGCCAAGAGCACACUGCAGACGCACAUCAGGAUACACAGAGGAGAAAAGCCGUACAACUGCAACAUCUGCGAUAAGACCUUCUCCGACCCCAGUGCCAGGAGGCGUCACGUGGCGUCUCACACGGGGAAAAAGCCGUUCAUGUGUUCCAUCUGCAGCUUGUCGUUUGCCCGAAUGGACAACCUUAAAGCUCACACCAAGACUCACAACAAGGAGCGCCAACAAGGAGAAGCCGAGACCACGGGGCCUGCGCCGGUGGAGGCCGCUUCAGGGCCUGAUGAGAUGCACAGCAUCCUCCAGCUCCAGCCGUACCAGCUUCCCGCCCAACCCGAGCAGGAGAUCCAGCUGGUGGUGACCGGCGAGGUGGACGACAUCAACCUGGGCCAGGAUCAAAGCAUCAGCAUCAUCGCGGCAGAAGAUGCUUCCGUGGAGCAGGGCCUCACGCUUCUCACCCAGCCUUCCGGUCACGUCCAAAACCUGGCGCUGGUCACGCCUGACGGGUUAGACGCCGGCGCUCAAAUCCAAACCAUCAGCGUUUUAGGAAGCCAGGUGAGCGGCGAACAGCCCGAGCAAAUGCACGUCAUCACGCUGACCAAAGAAGCCAUGGAGCAGCUGCGGGUUCAUCACGGAGGUUCUCAGCAGCUGCAGGUGAUCCACCAGCUGUCCGAGAGCGCUGCUGAAAAUCCCAGACGGACGGGGCCCGCGGGAGGCAUUCACAUCAGCAGCCAGAGCGGCCAGCCUAUCUCCAUCAGCCAGACCAGCGAGCAGAUCCCCAGCGAUCAGAUCCAGGGCCAGACCUUCCAGAUCCAGGCUGGGACGGUCUCGUACCUCUACACCACCAGCAUGAACCCGCAGAACUGAACAUCCAUAAUGCUGACGCUUGGUCUCUUUUGUUGUGUAAAUAGUUGUGUUUUAAUGUUAAAGCUGAUUUCGUUGAGAAGGAAUCUGAUAUAUGAUUACACUGUGACUUUUUCAUAAAGCAGAGCCAUACCUAAUGUUUGUUAUUAAAGAGUUGCUGUUUGUAAAAAAGAACAAUGGUUAUGCUUAUUCUCCUUUUGUUGUAAAUGGUUAUAUUUUUGUACUUGUUAAGGAGACAAAAGACAAUAAAUGGUUCGUGUA